UUCCACAGCAGCAAGAUGCGUCUAGUCACAGUGCUUUGGGCCACUUUAAUCGCUGCUACCAGCAGCAGCAUCAGCAGUGCCACGCCCCAAUAUGAUGGACGCAUUGUGGGCGGGCAGGCGACGGAUAUACGCGACUUUCCCUAUCAGGCAUCCAUACAGCUGAAUGGCCAGCAUAUUUGUGGCGGUGCCAUUAUCGGGGAUUACUUCAUACUGACCGCUGCGCACUGCUUUGAGGAGCCGUGGACCGAGCUCGACUACAGCGUGCGCCUGGGCGCCACUGAGCACAAUACCGGCGGCGAGCUGCUCAGUCUGCGGCAGAUUAUACGCCACGGAGCCUACAAUAGCCAGACGCACGAUAAUGACCUGGCCCUCCUGCUGCUCAAUGCGCAGCUCAACUACACUGAGACCCUGCAAGCCGUGAGCCUGGCCGGCGCCGGGGAUACGCUUACGGCCGACACGCGGCUCCAUGUCAGCGGCUGGGGCUAUCAGAGCGAGGGCGGCGAGGAGGGCGUGUCACCGGUGCUGCGGUAUGCGGAUGUCUCGCAUGUGGAGCCGGGCGUCUGUCGGCGCGCCUAUGGCAAAGUGCUGCCCAUCACCCAGCACAUGCUCUGCGCGGCUCGCGAGGGUCACGAUAGUUGCCAAGGCGAUUCGGGCGGCCCACUUGUUGGCUACGCGCCGGGCAGUGCUCGGGGCAAGCUCUAUGGCAUUGUCUCGUGGGGCCUGGGCUGCGCCCAGAAGGAAUAUCCGGGCGUCUAUGCGAAUGUGGCAGCCUUUAGGAAUUGGAUUGAUGCUCAGGUGGGUGCUUGGGGCUGGAAUACCCUGAUCAAAAGCUGGAGUGGGCUGCGGAGAGUUAAUGAGGUGUAGAGAGCAGAGAGAAAUGCAAAGC